UUUCAAGGCCAUAUCUCAAAAGAAUAUGGCGACCGAAAACGAUCUAAUGAGAGUGUGUUAUUUUCUUUGUGUGCAAGUGAAUUGCCACUUUAAUAAAUAACAUUUCUUUGAAGCAAGUGAAAAAGAAUACCAUUUAUAACACACAGUGUCAAGCAUUUGUGAAGGAAAGAAAUAUUAUAUUCAUCUUGUAGCUAAAUUUAACUAGCAACCGUAAUCUACGAUAAGAAUAUCGAUUUUCCUGACUGACAGGUCAGUUUGGUGUCGCCCAUUGAAGACCUUCUUGGCGCAAAUCACAAUUAAAGGACACAUUUAUUCAAGCAGGCUUUUCAAACAAGGCUGAUAUAUUCACAAUGAGUCACAAACCAGGAAAGAAAGAUAAUAAAAUGAGGAUUAGGGCAUUCCCUAUGACAAUGGAUGACAAGUAUGUCACAGAAAUAUGGCUGCUUCUUAAGAGCGCAAUACAAGAAAUACAGAAGAAAAAUAAUGGAGGCCUCAGUUUUGAAGAAUUAUACAGAAAUGCAUAUACAAUGGUGCUCCACAAACAUGGUGAGAGGCUUUAUGUUGGUUUAAAACAGGUUGUGACAGAGCAUCUUGAGAACGAGGUGAGAAGUCAGGUUAUUGCUUCACUAACUGAUGAUUUCCUAAGAACUCUGAAUUCUGCCUGGGAUGAUCACCAAACUGCAAUGGUCAUGAUCAGAGAUAUCCUCAUGUACAUGGACAGAGUGUAUGUUCAGCAAAAUAACGUGGAGUCAGUUUAUGACCUUGGGUUGAUUCUUUUCAGAGAUUUGAUUGUCAGACAUGGAAAUAUCAGGGAGUCAUUACGGAGCACACUGCUAACAAUGAUUGAAAGUGAAAGAAAAGGAGAAGUGAUAAACAGGUCAGCAAUAAAGAAUGUUUGUCAGAUGCUGAUGACUCUUGGUGUUGGGUCACGUGACGUCUACAAAGAAGAUUUUGAGAAGCCAUUCCUUGACCAAUCGGCUGAUUUUUACAGACUUGAGAGUGAAAAAUUCCUCGCUGAAAAUAGUGCCUCUGUAUAUAUUUGGAAGGUCAGUGCAAGAAUAAAAGAAGAAAGGGAAAGAGUGAAACAUUGUCUAGAUUCAAGUACCGAAGAGUCAAUCGUCUCAGUCGUAGAAAAUGAAUUGAUUUCCAAACACAUGAAAACAAUCGUCGAGAUGGAAAAUUCUGGGGUUGUUCAUAUGUUAAAGCACAGUAAAUAUGAGGAUCUAGGCUGCAUGUAUAGGCUUUUCUAUCGUGUCGAAAACGGCCUAAAGACAAUUUGCGAAGCAAUGAGUCACUACUUGAGAGAACAGGGAAAAGCGAUUGUAUCAGAUGACGAGGAAGGUGAAAAAAAUGCCAUCUCAUACAUACAGAAACUGCUUGAUCUAAAAUCGCGAUUUGACCAAUUCUUUGUCACGUCUUUUGGUGGCGAUAAGUUAUUCAAGCAAACGAUUUCAGGGGACUUUGAAUACUUUCUGAAUCUUAAUCACCGCUCUCCGGAGUAUUUGUCGCUUUUUAUUGAUGAUAAAUUGAAAAAAGGAACAAAAGGGCUUUCAGAGCAAGAAAUUGAAUCAGUCUUGGAUAAAACCAUGGUGCUCUUCAGAUACCUGCAGGAAAAGGAUGUGUUUGAACGUUAUUACAAACAGCACUUAGCAAAGCGACUUCUGUUGAACAAAAGCAUAUCUGAUGAUUCAGAGAAAAACAUGAUCUCGAAACUCAAGACGGAAUGCGGAUGUCAGUUCACAGUUAAACUGGAAGGAAUGUUCAAAGACAUGUCCCUGUCUACAUCAACCAAUGAAGAGUUUAAAAAUCAUGCGACAAACUCAAAUCUUGAUCUGAAUGGCAUUGAUCUCACCGUUCGUGUUCUGACUACUGGCUUUUGGCCGACGCAAGUCGUUAAUCCAACAUGCAAUGUUCCUCCUGCGCCAAGACAUGCUUAUACGUGCUUCAAAAGAUUUUAUUUAGCGUGUCACAGCGGUCGUCAACUUACAUUACAACCCCAAAUGGGUUCAGCAGAUCUUAACGCUGUUUUUUACACGAAAAAGGAAGGUGGAUCAGUAAGCACAAAGAAACACAUCAUCCAAGUAUCGACCUACCAAAUGUGCAUAUUACUUCUGUUUAACAAAAAAGAGAAAAUUACGUUCGAAGAAGUAAACCAAGAAACUGACAUUCCUGAGAAAGAUCUUGUGAGGGCAUUGCAAUCGCUAGCAUGCGGAAAACCAAGUCAAAGGGUACUUGCGAAAGAGCCAAAAUCUAAAGAGAUUGGCCCGACUCACAUGUUCUGUAUAAAUGACCAGUUCACUUCAAAAUUCCAUCGAGUUAAAAUUCAAACAGUUACUGCAAAAGGAGAAUUGGAUCCAGAGCGAAAAGAGACGCGGCAAAAAGUCGACGAAGAUAGAAAACAUGAAAUCGAGGCAGCGACAGUCAGAAUAAUGAAAGCGAGGAAGAAAUUCCCCCACAAUUCGUUGGUCAACGAGGUUAUCGAACAACUCAAAUCAAGAUUUGUACCAAAUCCAGUUGUAAUAAAGAAAAGAAUCGAAGGUUUAAUCGAACGGGAAUAUUUAGCGAGAUCGCCGGAAGACAGGAAAGUUUACAUAUAUGUUGCCUAAUAGCACCCUGCUUACUAGUAAAACAAUCAGAUUGCUAUUCUGGCGGCACAAUAUGGUUUAAAGAGGCUGCGUAGGCGCAAAGUCAUUGCUGACACCUGUUAUAAGAAAUACACACGUGACCGUUGCAAUUGGUUUUGUAAAGAAUGCCACUGCCAGCUUCAUAGUUUGUAACGAUAAAUGCAUGUUUGUAAUAGCAGGCAUUCUGUAAAUUAUGUUUGUCGUGAAACCUGAAAGAGUUUACUUUUGGUCGCUUCCUUAAUGAACUGUGUUCUCCUUUGAAAUGUGUAUAGGUUUGAUAGAAGUACGGUUUGCUGAUUACGAGCCACUCAUUUAAUUACAUAUGUAUGUAGAUAGGCCAGAUGUCUUGUUCACAAUUAAGCCCCUCGUCAGUUUGUUAUUGUUAAUCUUAUUAUAUACUACAAGCAUUCCCAGUAGCCUAAAGAUUACCUGCUACAGACUGCCUCGGUCUGCUAUAACCUCCUUUCAAGGCAUCGUCAUAACAAUGUAUUAUCGAUUGCACUCAAGGCUGGAUGUGUAUGGUUUAUUAUGAUAUUGUUAUUAGCCUUCUACGUUUUAAACAAACAAUAAACAAACUACCCUGUGUUACUUGUAACUUAUACGUUUCAAACUACUUCACAUCGUUUAAUGCACAUGAACUCAACUGAUGCCAACAAGCAAUUUGUGAUAAAAUGAUAAUGCCCUUUUGUUGAAGCUACAGAGUUUUCUAAACUUGCGUGAAUUUUUUUGGCAUAUUUAUGACAAAUGUUUGCUAGGUUUAGCAAAAAUUUAUCUCUAUCUUCUUAGUUAUAUUUAUCCUAAUUUGUUGUAUUUUAAAUCUUUGUGAUAAUAUUGAA